GUUUGGUGUGGCGCGUUGCUGCUGCUGCUCCUGUUCCUGCUGCGGGCCAGGUGGGUCGGCAGGUGCGACUGGACCAGCAGGUUCUUGCUCUCUACAGAGGAAUGUCAUAACACGUACCCCAACUUUCUGCUGAGCUCACUUCUCCAUUUCCACCAACGGCCGGCCUUUGUGAAACUUCCUAGUGGUUGGACGUGCUGCCUCCUCCUUUCUGACAUUGCUGCUCCCAAUGCCCUGAAGUGCAGUCUUUCUCUCUAGAUGGUGGUCUCGGUGAUGACAAGGCAAGUCUUCUGGCUGGGCCUUAUGCAAACUUUCUGGGUGCUUGGUGUGGCCUUUCUGCUGGUCAGGGAGGCAAACGCUGUAGGAUCUUCCACUGGACCGUGGGAUACCAAGUUCCGAGCACCCUUCUCUACUGGAAUCCAGAGUUCAGCCUCAAAUGUGGAGUGUAGGGAAGUGGGAAAACAGAAUCAAUCGAACCGUUGUUCCUUCAUCCAGCAUAACCCGGAAUGCAAGAUGGAGGGCGGCUUUCUCAACUACCUCAACGGAGUCUUCUGCAUCUUCCCAGCUGCUCUGCAGCCUUUGGCCUUGACCCUUUACGUUCUCUGGCUCCUCUACCUCUUUGUCAUCCUUGGGGUCACAGCUGAGAAAUUCUUUUGCCCUAACUUAGCAGCCAUCUCCACCAAGCUGCGGCUGGCCCAUAAUGUGGCACCCUUCCUCCAUGGUGUCACUUUUCUGGCUUUUGGAAAUGGGGCACCUGACAUCUUCAGUGCCAUCGCUGCUUUCUCUGAUCCCCGGACAGCUGGGCUAGCCAUUGGAUCUAUCUUUGGUGCUGGCAUCUUCGUCACCACCAUAGUCUCAGGUGGCAUAGCUCUCAUAAGGCCUUUCACAGCCGCCUCUCGUCCAUUCCUACGGGAUGCUGUCUUCUACAUGAUCUCCGUGUUCUCGACCUUUGUGGCUCUCUAUUUUGGACAAGUCACCUUGGCAGAAGCUCUGGGUUUCCUUGGACUUUACAUCUUCUACGUCUUGACUGUUGUGGUUUCAACCUGGCUUCAUAAGAGGCAGCACAGGGAAAGAUUGGCUCCACCCAGCCAUCCAGAACCAGAACUUCCAACAGAUUCUGAAGAGGGUGACACUGCAAGCUUGAAUGGGGAGGAAGAAUACCAACCUUUGUUGCCCUCAGAGGAGACCACGUUCCAGAUUCUGACUCAAUCCAUCAAUCCUCUGGAUUAUAGGAAGUGGAGGAGAAAACCCUGCUAUUGGAAACUGUUCAAGGCCUUCAGGAUUCCUGUGGAAGUGGUCCUUUUACUGACAGUACCAAUUGUCGAUCUUGACCAGGAGGGUCAAAACUGGAGGCGGCCGCUGAAUUGUCUGCACCUGAUCACUGGCCCACUCACCUGCAUCCUCAUCCUGAAAUCUGGAACCUAUGGUCUCUACAAGAUCCAGGGGGUCUUCCCAAUUUGGGGUCUCGUGGUCUUGGCUGGGGCUACGCUGGCUGCAGCUGUCUUUUGCACCACAAGAAAUGAAGAACCACCCCAGUACUACUUUCUUUUUGCCUUUCUGGGGUUCUUUGUCAGUGCCAUGUGGAUCAACGCAGCGGCCACCGAAGUGGUUAACAUCCUGCAGACGUUAGGCAUUGUCUUCCGCCUAAGCAACACGGUCUUGGGGUUGACGCUGCUGGCCUGGGGAAACAGCAUUGGGGACACGUUCUCCGACCUCACCAUGGCGCGCCAGGGCUACCCUCGGAUGGCUUUUUCAGCCUGUUUUGGGGGUAUUAUCUUCAAUAUGCUUGUUGGAAUCGGGCUGGGCUGCCUUUUGCAGAUGACAAGCGGCAAAUUAGUUGUCAGGCUAGAGUCAGAUGGCCUCUUGGUAUGGAUUCUAGCAGGAGCCCUCGGCCUCAGCCUUGUCAUUUCUUUCCUUUCCGUACCUGCCCAGUGCUUCCGCCUUGGACAGGCCUAUGGCUGCUGCCUCAUUGCGUACUACCUGGUGUUCUUAACAAUUGCACUGCUGACGGAGUUCAGGGUGAUCCGAAUUUCCACCGUCUAGACGAGGCAUCUCAUCUUAAGACCUCACCUCCAUCACCAAAGGUUGGACCUGCGCUCGAUCCUCACUUGAAGAGGGUGCCUUCUGAGACAAAGACUUGCUGGCAAGUUCUACAUAGAGCCUGGUAGCCAGAUUUGCUGGUGGCCACUGAGAGAAGGACAAUCAGUGGAAACUGGACAGCGGCUGGGGCGUUGUGACAGUCUUGCAUCAGUCCAGCCAUUUCAGGGCCUUUUAUGUGAUUUGGGGAUUUUAGGACCAAAUCAGGAUUACGGGAUACUUGAGACACGGUUUGUCUACCAAUCAGUGUUAGCUUUUCUAAGGGAAACCCGUUUAGAUAGCAGUGCUUUUUUUUAAGGUGUCCUUUUUUAAGAAAUGAAUUUUAUUAGAAGUAUUUUUCAGUUCCUGGAUUGAGGCUUUAAUGCAUCCACUGAAUUCUUCAUCAGUUGUGACCACUGGUUAUUAGCAAGGGUGUCUUCAUGGCCUUAUAAAACGGGUGAGACUUCAAUCGUGGGUUGUGCCUGCCGUCUUAACGUUUUGCCCCUGUCCUGCUUUUGGCUGUCGAGAGUUUUGUCAAGAAAAAGCACAGAAGAAAACUGUCCUUCCAGCGAUGGGAAUGUGAAUGUUGACAUUUAGGUACAAAACGGCAUGAUCCAUCCACAUGGAUCAUGUGGCACAUUUGUAGACCUGCUGCUGUAUGGAUAUGUAGCAAAACUGAAGUGGAAGGAUGGCUGGAAUAAUGUGCCAACAGCCUAUGAAAAACUGAUAGCUUGGGUGUGUUCGCGAGCAUGCUUUACCUUAUUGCAUUAACCCACUUUUUAAGGCUUGGAUGUUACACUGACCUGCAAAUCAACUAAAUUGACUGGGUUUAUCCAAGACACUAAGCUACACAACCAGGAUUAAAACUAAGUAAGAUUGGGAUGAUGGACAAAUUAAACAGCUAGGUUUGUAACUGACCAGGGAAAGCAUGAUGUGCGAACACAGCCAGCAUUUUUUAAAAGGGAUAUACAAAAGGGAUAUAUUUUGCAAGCCCGUGAGACAAAGAAAGGACAUCUUUCGUUGUCUCUGAAGGCAGAUCUGGAAAUCCUCCCAAACAUGUUACAGGUAGUCCUCACUUAAUGACCAUUUGUUUAGUGAUGGUUCAGACUUAUGAUGAUGCCAAAAAAACUGACUGACAACCGGUUCUCAUGCUUAUGACUGUCGUAGCGUCCCUGGGGUCAUGUGAUCAUGAUUUGGGUGCUUGGCAACCGGUUCGCAUUUAUGACCGUUGCAGCAUCCUGUGGUCACGUGAUCACCAUUUUCGACCUUCCUUCCCAGCCUGCUUCUGGCAAGCAAAAUCAAUGGGAACCGCAUGAUUCGCUUAAUGACCACAUGGUUUGCUUAACUAGUGCAUUGAUUCACUUAAUGACUGCUGCAAAAAAGAUAGUAAAAUUGGGUCAGAUUUGCUUAAUGACCUCUUCGCUUAGCAACCGAAAUUGCGGUCCCAAUUGUGGUUGUUAAGGGAGGAUUAUCUGUAAUCAGAAUAAGGCAAAAGAAGGGUCUUUGGAUGCAAAACGCAUUGCAAGCAUGCUACAUUUAUGAGCAAUUUUUUUGUAGUUCUUGGUUCCUCUUCCCUCCCGAUUUUUCUGCUGCCUUUGAAAGAAGUUUAUUUUAUUCGUCCCAUUUCCUCUUUCUCCUUCUGUUGUUGUGCUGGGUGAGCAAAUAUGAUACAUAUUUAAUACGAGCAAAGAUAUUUCUCCAUAUGCACUCAAAAACGGGGUUAUUUGCAGAAUCGUACUAGCUGAACAAUUCUUUUCCAUUCUUCUUGUCUUUCUCUCUGCUAAGUCAGUAAUGAGUUAGUAAGUCAGUAAAACAUUCUGGGACCUUUGCACUCUGACAUGCUUGCACAGCUAACAACGGUUCCAUUCAGCCUGAUGUGCCCAUCCAGCUGUGCACCAAGGCUUAACAUGUUCUUCUCGACUUCCUGUUUUUUGCUGCACUAACUAUGAAGCAAAAAUGGGCAUUUAACUGAUCCUCUGGCUUUCUGUCACCCACAGCUGGUGGAUUUACAUUCGGCUGAGUCAUCCGUUGCAUGGGCCGGGUGUUGACCUUGGGCAGAUAUGGUUUAAGCAGCUGCUGGGAGGUGGCUGAGUAGGACUUGCUUCACAAUCUGCAUGUCAGCAAGUGCAACAGGGUUCUUUCUCAGCCACUACUUGACCACCUGACCAUUUUAUUUAUUUAUUUAUUGGGUUUUAUUAUAAUUGUUUUAUGUGAUUUUAAUGUUUAUGUUUUAUGGGGAAUUUUAUUGUAAACUGCCCAGAGUCCCUCUUCUGGGGGAGAUGGGCGGUGGCUAAAUAUGAAUAAUAAAUAAAUAAAUAAAUCUGAGGGAAGAUCACAAAGAUUUGGCCUCCCCGUUGGGCAACAGCAAACCGGAAGCCUUGCGUAGCCUUGUUGGUGAACUUGCUCAGACCAUGUCUUCCCUUGAGAGCAGAUCAAAACAGGACUCUUGCUCAAAAAACCUUGCCUAUGUCCCCUCCUUGGACAAUUCAAUCUUAUGAGCAAUUGAGAAAUGUUUCCCAGUGGCCAUGUUCAGAGCAUAAGCUAAGCAGGUUACACUUUAGGACUUCAGAGUCUUGAAUGAACCUCUCAAAGUUUUUUUUUUUUUAAAAAAUUGUGACAGUUUUAUUAUAAUUUCAUAUAGGAAAGUCCACAUAAAUCAAGCCUUCCUGUAUGGCUCACAUGA